AUGUGUAGGACAGAUGGUGUCUAUAAAUGCCAUGGGUGCUUUGGUGAGCCUCUGUAUUGCACAAAUUGUUGCGGAACCCAGCACCAAAGGCAUCCCUUUCAUUGGGUCAGCCAAUGGACAGGCUCCUUCUUUGAGGAAAGUUGCUUGGUCAAGACUAGGAUGGUGAUAUGGCUUGGACAUGAAGGAAAUGCAUGCCCAUGGGAUGAUGAUCUUGGGGAGUGA